AUGCAUGGUGGGGUAUCUCUGUAUGCAGCUGUGGAAGAGAACAAUUGUUCUGGCUACCCAAGCUCUGAGAUACCUUCAGUCGGUGCUGCCUGCUACACGAUCGAUCGGUGCUGCCUGCUACACGAUCGAUCGGUGCUGCUCUCCCCUGCUUCAAUCGCUGCUGCUUCGAUCAGUGCUGCUCUCCACUGCUACACGAUCGAUCGGUGCUCCUCUCCACUGCUACACGACGGAUUUGGUGUUGCUCUCCACUGCUACACGAUCGGUACUGUUCUCCAGUGCUACACUCCAAGGCUUCGAGUUUUCGCUACUUGUACACCAUUGUUGUUGCUGGACUGA